UGUCGAGGAGAGAGAGAGAGAGAGAGAGGUAGCAGUCAGUGCGAUGGGAUAGAGGAGAGCGAGGAGAGGAGGAAUGAGUGAAUGAGAAGCCGCUGGGUCUGCCUCGCCUGCCUGUCGUCCUCUGAAGCUGGCUUUACCGCCACACUGCGUUGGCACGGAGCGGGACUCGCGGCUCCGCCACCAUCCCCUCUCUCACCACCGGCUCUCACCACACCACCGGCGAGGGAAAGCGAGGACCCGAGCUCACGCGGGCUCUCUCCAUCACCACGGAGGGACGCGGUGGCUGCGCGAACGGGGCCUGACUCCACGAUUUCGGCACCAGCUGCAACCUCCACCAAAUCCCCCCCCACUCCUCCCCUGCUCCUCCCUAUGCCCUUGUCCUCGGCGGCUCCUCUCACCUCCCUGGCCAGUAUAUGGAUAGAAGCUCCCUGUUUCAGCUCAUACAAGAGCAGCUGGACCCAGAGAACACCGGUUUCAUUGCAGUGGAGAACUUCACCAGCUUGGUGGAGGACCAUGAGCUGCAGCUGGACCCGUCCAAGCUUGACAUGCUGUUAGCCCUCGUCCAGAGCAAUGAAGACGGACAGGUGUGCUACCAGGAGCUCAUCGAGCUGAUGAGCAGCAAACGCUCCAGCAGCUUCCGACGAGCCAUCGCCAAUGGCCGCCGCACGCUGCAGAGGGAGAUCCUGCUGGACGAGACGGGGCUGGGUCUGUACAAGCGCUUUGUGCGCUAUGUGGCCUACGAGAUCUUGCCCUGCGAGACAGACCGUCGCUGGUACUUCCACCAGAACCGCCUGUGUCCCCCGCCCGUCUUCAUCGCCAUUGUCACCAUAGUCCAGAUCAUCGUGUUCAUGUGCUAUGGCAUCAUGCUGAACAAGUGGGUACUGCAGACCUAUCAGCCCGACUUCAUGAAGAGCCCUCUGGUCUACCAUCCCGGCCACCGUGCACAAGUGUGGCGCUUCUUCAGCUACAUGUUCAUGCACGUUGGAUUAGAGCAGCUGGGGUUUAACGCUUUACUGCAGCUGAUGAUCGGCGUGCCUUUAGAGAUGGUCCACGGCAUCUUACGAAUAAGUCUGCUUUACAUGGCAGGAGUGCUGGCCGGCUCUCUGACGGUGUCCAUCACAGACAUGCGUGCUCCAGUGGUGGGAGGCUCCGGCGGGGUCUACGCUCUGUGCUCAGCGCAUCUGGCCAACGUUGUCAUGAACUGGGCCGGGAUGCGCUGUCCUUACAAGCUGCUGCGCAUGAUCCUGGCUCUCGUUUGCAUGAGUUCAGAGGUGGGUCGUGCAGUCUGGCUCCGCUUCUCACCGCCGCUGCCGUCCUCAGGGCCCCAGCCCAGCUUCAUGGCACACCUGUCGGGGGCCGUGGUCGGGAUCAGCAUGGGGCUGUUGAUCCUGCGCAGCUACGAGGAGAGUCUGCAGAAACAGUGCUCCUGGUGGGUCAUCGUCUUCUCCUUCAUCACCUUCCUCCUCUUCGCCAUCUUCUGGAACAUCUUCGCAUAUGAGCUCCUGGGGGUACAGAUCCCACCUCCUCCCUGAUGAUGACCCCCCCCCACACACACCCUCAGGGGCUCUCCUUCACAUACACACUGACUCCAACCCUGCUCCAAACAAAGGUUCCCUUUUGACCAUUGUUAACAAUCCCAUUUCCUCUCAAGUUCGACCCAAAUAUAACGAUAUGAGAUCAUUCAAACUUAAAAUCGACCACAAAUCCUUUUUUACAGAUACUUUGCAAAUCAAAGAAAUAUGUCUCUUUUAUUAAAGAGGGAUUACAGUAGCAACAAGUACAGGUGACAGUUCCUCAGAUCCAUUUCGAGGAGCAAUAUCUUUUUAUAUACAUUGAAAUCUCAUCCACAUUACCAGCGCUUAUCUUUCACUGUCAUUUCUUUGAGUAAAUGUUUCAUACAUGUAAUGUCCUAAAGUAAGAAGGAUCUGAGUUGAUGACGUGUGCCUCUGGUGAAAAGCAAAAGGGAUUUAAAGUGGCAGAGCUGUAGGAAAAAGUGCUGUUGCUGAGAAAAUGCUUGGAGAAAUGUCUUUCUUAAAGGUCAGAGAUGAGGAUCAAAACUAAUAGUUUCAAUGUUUUGCUGAAAGGCACUUAAGCAGAGUAGACAGAAUCUGACUUGUUGCCUGUGCUGCAGGGGAAGAUUUAAUUAAGAACUUCAGGAGGAGCACAUUUACUUCCAGGGGCAGCAAUAAACAAAAACACUGUAGCACCAAUGAAAUUUGAUUGUUGAUAUAAAUGUACUUUAAUUUCACAUCCCUGCUGUAACUUGCAGGACUCACUAUGUUUUUUUUCCAGAAUUGCUGGCACACUUACCGAAAAACAAAAAACAACCAACUAGCUGCCGUGUAUUUCCAGCCAAAUGGAAAGAAAUCAGUCAAACUUCUUUGCCUCAAGUGCAAACAGUUUGCAAAGUUCCCUCCCAGAGCAUGUGCCGUAAGACAGGAGGCAAAAGCUUUAAAUGCAAGAUUUCAGGCACAUUUUAUGUGGAUUCUGUCAUCAACAAGGAGUACCUUGAGGUUGGAGGCAUCACUUUCAUUUUCACUUCUUGACAUCUUAAAUAACAUUAUACCUACACUGUGGACACAGAAAAAAUAUUUCACACAACAAAGAAAAGACACCAAGAUAGGAAAUCAAAAUGACAGAGUGACAGAGGAGGGGGGAAAAAAGUAGUUGAAGUUUCGUGGAUUAGCGUCUCUUCAGCGAGUGAACUCCACCAGUUGCUGUGUCAAAAGUUAACUACCAACUUAGCACCGUGUAAAAUAUGCCAUAUCAUUUUCUGUGGCUCUCAGCGAGACAAGGACACACACGCGCGCGCGAGUGCACACACAAACACACACACACUUCUCCUCUAUGUCUUUGAGAGCGGCCACUGCCUGAUUCUCUGGGUCAACGUGGAUAAACUGAAAAGGAACAAACACACUCACACACUCACACACACACACACACACACACACACACAUGCACACGCACACGCACUGGCCUCUGCCUGUACUCGCUCUGACAGACUGAACUGGGGAGGGCGCGGAUGUGUCAUCACCUGACCUCUGACCUUUCGUGUCCCAGAGGGCAUUGGGGUCUAUCUGUUGGGCCCAGUCUAUACCUCAGUUUCUCAUUCUUAGGGACUGUAUACUUUUGUAAAGGAAUGUACCUAUGAAGAAAAAAAAAGAGUGUUAUUAAGUUGUUCCUGUUUUUCAUUUGGUAGUGGAUGUGUAUAUUGUAUGUUCAUAACCAAGAGUAUAUUUAUUUGUAUUUUUUUUCCUCAUUGAGGGGAAAAGAGAAAAGUUUCAAAUGGUGCAAAAUUAAUGCUAUGAUUGUUGUUCUUCUGAUUACUCCUGUAUGGCUUUGAUCCUCUGAAAAGUAGUCUAUGAGGCAAAAUCCCCUGGUUUGUUAUGUGACCACCAAUGACUCAGCUCAGUUGAUUUUAUAAAUCUUUACUGCUUUACAAAAUAAGCCAUAGAAAGAACUAACAUGAGAGGGCAAAAGCAGAGGGGAAAGGUGUUUGUUGGUUUGAAACCUGCAGAUAAUGGUAACUUGAGUUGAGUUUUUUUGUGCCAUCAAAAGACAUUUCUUCAUUGUGUGUUCAACAGGUAAGGUGAAGGAAAGCAAACUGCAGCGUCAGACUGUUAAAGAUGUUUUCAUGGAGCUGGAAUCAUUUUUGUUGAUGCAGCUUAAUUAGCCCACGCCUCGCUACAGUCCGUCCUUUGCAAAAAACAAAUUACGAACAGGGUUUCUGUCGUAUACAUUAUCUCCAGUCUGAUCCAAGCUGGUGGAAAGCUGAGGCCAGCAUUGCAUUUACAUUUACUCCUGCUUUGUUCCAUGUUUUUUGUCUUUCAAUCAAUAAUUAAUUUGAAUGUCCACUUGCUGCCUGGGGGGAAUUUUGAUAGUUGGUCAUAAAUACAGUUCGCAGCAUUUGCUUCCACAUGAAUCUGUCAGUAGUAACAGAAGAGUUACUACGGUAUGGAAUCGGUAUUAAAUAGCCAGAAUAAGCCAUUCUCAGAUGUAUUAAAGACCGAAAAGAUCAGCCAAUAUGUGGUAGUAAUGCAUCCUCGAUGGAAACUCUUGCGUAUUCUAGGAAAUAUUAUUGCUUGGAACAGCAAAGAUACAAUGAUGAAUAAUGCAUACAUACCCCGUUAGCCUAUAAUGAAGAUAAAGAUGAUGCCUGAGCGGAGGUUAAUGUGCCUCUUUAACUUAAGAUUCAUAGGAACCCAGAAGGGUUGUAAAAAGGGCUAGUGAAUGGCUAUGGUUUUGUAGAACACAUUAACUGUGAAUAUUAUUCCUCUUGGAAGGACACGCAGGACUAAUAUUGAAGGCUUGACAAUUCUUGUCACCCCUGAACCUAAAAAAAAAAAAAACUUGACUGAGUUCUCCACAUGCUAAAUGAAAUGUUCCAUGUUUCAUUUGUUAUUUACACAAGACAAACAAUUGAAAAUAAGAAGUAUCUGAAACAAUUGGUUUUGGGGUGGGGUUUCAGGAGUGCCACUUUUCCGUGAGCCAAAUCUCCUGGCCCGGGGCCCGAGCCAGCCAUAGCACCGAAACACCUUCAAACAGAGUCAUCUCCUUUCUGAGAAAGGCCUUUCCUGCACUCAGGCAGCAGCCUGUCUUAGAGGAGGAGGAGGAGUGACAGAGGCCUGACUCGCAUCCUCUGGUUGACAGCAUGUGAUAGUUUUGGUUUGUGAGGCAGGGGGAAAGCAGACACGGCAGACAGAAGGUGCUCUUCAUACAAAACCUGUACGUGCUUCUCUCAUCCUGCCGCGCUCAUGUUACGACACCCCCAGUGUCAGGAAGAUGCAUGGUUGUUCCGAGGACACACCAGAGACCAGAGCAUAGCCAUUUGAACAGGAUAUCUUCCUUGAAUAAGUGCAUCUGACAGGUUGCAUGAUGUUUAAUUUAAUUGCUGUCUGUGAGUCACAUACAGUAUUGCUGUUCUACAGUAUGAGGAAGGCUUGGUGAGUGGUGGCAUGUGCUGAAUAGGAGCAGCCUAUCAAUAACAUGAGAGCCAUCACUUUGGCCAGUCCACAUCCACCCCUCAAUUGGUUUCGAUAUAGACCUGACUGUGGUAAGAGAUUAUGUUUAAAGGUUAGUGCCAACUCUGAUCAAAACUCUGACACAUGGUCCCCUGUUGAUAUAACUGUACAUGAAAUAUUGUUAAUUUCUGUGCUUGUCUCAUUCAAAAAUGCAGCAUAAGCUCAUAGAAGCGUACUUGACAUGCCUGCUGCUUAUUUCCUGUUCUAUUUUGUCAUAAGUGGACUUUUUUUUGUUGCACUUAUUAUAUUGUCGUUGACUGACAUGUUGUUGUGUGCCAUAUUCUCUACUGUACCUCCCUAUGCCAAUCUAUUGUGCUGUUAUGCCCAAUGCCUUGUUAUAUAUAUAAGCCCAAGUCUGACCACCUGGCAGAAAGGCUGCUCUGCUGUUAUUUGUUCCACAUGACCAUACACAGAAUCCACAAGAAAAAGAAGCUGCAGUGCAAAAUAACUGUACAUCCAGUAGCUGCUCUCAACUGCUGCUUGCGAAACAAGCUGGCCAGGUUGCCUUUUCUCAGUGUUUAGUGCUACUUAGAUAUUGGUAACUGUCACUACAAGACUGUGCAUAUCUGGAGCCGCCAGAGAUGGAACUAUAUUUAAAACAAGUCACUGGAUGUGCAUAAAUUCUCACUCUCGGUGUAAGUGAACCUGUAAUGCAGGUUAAGGGGUACUUAAGGUCUUUUAAAUGUACAGACAUUUGGCUUGAGUUUGCAAAUUAUACUGGAUAUAUGUGUAUAAAACAGGGUCAGAUUUUUAAUUUGUGCAGAUUUGUUAGUGAUUUGAAACCGAAUUGGCUUGUACGCACAAAAAACUGUUGCUAA